AUGACGGAAGCAGGUGCAGAAGGAUUUGCGGAACCCGAUCCUGAAUUGUUAAAUCACAAAAGCUGGCGGCUAAUUCUCAUGUUGGCUCACUUCAUUACCACCAUGUCGAUGUGCGAAAGGCGAAUUUCCUCAACGAAACGAUUGCAAAUAUCGCAGAAAGACACCAGAGGAUGGACGGUCUCGUGGCGGCCGCAGGUGUUCAACAAAAUCAGGCCCGCAAUCGACUACACUGCCGAGGAAAUCACACGGAUAAUGGACGUAAACUAUACGGGGACUUUUAUGGCAGCGCAGGCCGUAGCCAAGCAAAUGCUUGCAUAUAAAAACCAUGGCUCCAUCAUUCUGAUCGCAAGCAUGAGCGGACUCAUCGCGAACCGGGGCUUGAUUUCACCCGCAUACAAUGCUUCGAAAGCGGCGCUUAUCUAG